CUCUCUGCUUCACAAGCAGGAAGAAGUGCGAACUGUGCUCAUCUGAUUACAUAAUGACCCAGUAACAGGGAGCCAGAACCGGUACUGCCAGUACCAGUGUGCCGGGAGACACUGAGCGACUGGCUGAUCCUCACCAAGGCCUCUCGUCUGGCGUUUUUUUCUUCUUCUUUAAAAUAUAGGAUGACAGCGACGUAGAGGGACUGCAAAAGAAAACAAACAAUGUGAUGUCAAAGUGAGAGGUGAUGUAAAACAUGCUCGAGCUGUCAACAAGUGCGCGCCGCUCAAAACCCUGAACUUUCUCAUCUUUUUUCCCAGUCCAUUUUCCUCCUCCGAGACAGAUUGAAUGCCAUCCGUCUUUUUCACAUGUCUGCCGGACAGUGAAAGUAAUUAAAUCUUCAAGUUUCAAAGCUGUGGUCCGAGUGAACUUCUGUUACGAGUCGACAGGAAGCGCCAGCCAUGACCUCAGCCACUCCCCCCUCUUCUGAAGGCUCCUCCCCUCAGAAAGUAUGCCACUCCCAGACGCAGACGGAUGUCACCAAGCCCCUGCUGGGCUCCACAGGGGGGACCGGAGGUGUAGGUGCAGGUGGAGGAGGAACCGGAGCUGGAGGGCCCAAUGCUCUGCGAAGGAGGCGGCGAGUCCUCUCCAAAGAUGGCCGAAGCAAUGUGCGCAUUGAGCACGUGAGCGGACGAGGGGCGCUUUACCUCCGUGACCUCUGGACGACUUUCUUAGACAUGCAAUGGCGCUACAAGUUCUUCCUCUUCUCUGCCACCUUUGCUGGGACCUGGUUCGUGUUUGGAGUGCUUUGGUACCUUGUGGCAAUGGUGCAUGGAGAUCUACUGGAGUUUGACCCACCGUCCAACCAUACUCCAUGUGUGAUGGAGGUGAAGACGCUGACGGGAGCCUUCCUCUUCUCUCUGGAGUCUCAGACCACCAUCGGCUACGGUUUCCGGUGUAUCACUGAGGAGUGUCCUGCCGCCAUUGUUCUGCUCAUCUUUCAACUGGUCAUCACCAUGGUGAUGGAGAUCUUCAUAACCGGCACGUUCCUUGCGAAGGUCGCUCGUCCCAAGAAAAGAGGCGAGACCGUGAAGUUCAGUCAACAUGCAGUUGUGUCCAAUCACGAGGGUCGACCCUGUCUCAUGAUCCGAGUGGCCAACAUGCGCAAAAGCCUGCUGUUAGGAUGCCAGGUGACGGGGAAGUUGCUUCAGACGUCGCUGACAAAGGAGGGUGAAACCGUGCGGCUGGACCAGCGCAAUGUGCCUUUCCAGGUGGACACGUCGACAGACAGCCCCUUCCUCAUCAUCCCUCUGACUUUCUACCACAUCAUCGACGACAACAGCCCUCUUCGGGCUUGGGCAGCUAAAGGUGGUGGCUGGACAGACCCGGAGCUGGCUGACUUUGAGCUCCUGGUGAUCAUGAGUGCCACGGUUGAGCCGACCUCCGCCACCUGUCAGGUUCGAACAUCCUACCUUCCAGACGAGAUCCUCUGGGGCUACGAAUUCCCCCCUGUCGUCUCCCUCUCACCCUCAGGAAAAUAUGUGGCCGAUUUCGCCUUUUUUGACAAAGUGGCCAAAACCAAAACCCCACCCCUCUUUAAGCAAGCCCUGCCGCCGAGCCCGCCAUCACAGGCAUCCCGUUACCAUAGUGGAAAGGAGGCUGGGACGGAUCCGGAGAAGAUGCGACUUGAGGAAAACUACAGGGGUGAAGAGAAGGGGCGAGAGAGGGGACGCAUCAGAGAUAGCAGCCCGCUAAGUGUGCGUAUUAGUAAUGUGUGAGGGAGUUGAGAAUGACAGGAAGUGGUAACGGAAAGAUGAUGUGAAACUGCAGAUCAGGUGAAGGCAGGAGAAAACAAACAAGCUGUUGACGAUGUAAGAUAAAAACGUCUCCCCACUCAUACAGAAAACCCUCCACCUACAAGUGGAAAUAAAUCACCUGGGCACUCUUUCACCUUGCCCACAGAAGACACACAGACAGACUGCCAGUGUGUCACUGUCUGUUGGAAAUACACUGAGGAAACCAACUUCAGAUUCACAAACCCAACAUGUACAAAUGUACAGCACAUCCUCAAGUCAGAGACAUUUUCUACACGUCUAUUUUGGAAAGGACUCGUUUUACUGCAACUGGAGGAUGCUCAAACACUGCAAAAAUAUUUUCAUCUUAUCAGGUCUUUUCUGACUAUAUUUUAUUCCUAAAGGUGUUGGAAUAACUCAAUCCGAUACCAGUAGAAAUCAACUUGUUUCAAGAAUUUUCUAGAAAUGAGUGUCUCUUUCUUGAGCCAAGAGGGAGUUAAAAAAAGUGAACUUGAUCUCAGAAAAAGAGGAAGAGAAAAAAGUUGA